CGUGUUAGGUUUUCUGUAAUUUUGUGCGAAUUUGUGUUGCCUUCAUAUGGCAACACUAGGAGAAAGGGUAUAAAAAGGCGCGUUUGUCUUUCAUUGGGGCUUUUUUGAUUCGAGCACGCAUCGAAGGCAGACGUACCAUUUUGAACACGUGUACACUUGUGUUUGAGCACGCGUGCGUUUUGGAAAUUUAGAUUCCAGAUUAUGCCUCUUGAAGACGAGAUCGUUCCACGAAGACGACUGACGAGCCGAGACGAGCCGAGACGAGCCGAGCCGAGCCGAGCCGAGCCGAGCCGAGCCGAGCCGAGCCGAGCCGAGCCGAGCCGAGCCGAGCCGAGACGAGCCGAGACGAGCCGAGACGAGCCGAGACGAGCCGAGCCGAGCCGAGACGAGCCGAGACGAGCCGAGAUGAGCCGAGACGAGCCGAGACGAGCCGAGCCGAGCCGAGACGAGCCGAGACGAGCCGAAACGAGCCGAGACGAGCCGAGCCGAGCCGAGCCGAGCCGAGCCGAGCCGAGCCGAGCCGGUACAAGCCGGGAGCGCAGCCGGAGAGAGAGCCGGGAGUGCAGCCGGAGAGAGACGUCGCUUCACGCGUCGGCACAACGAGCGACACAGCCAACGACGUCGCGGCGAAGGGCAGGAGGUGCGACGUUCGUCGGCAGAGGGUAG